AUGGUGCUGAUCUCGGCUAGUGUUGUGUCGAAGUCUGGAAAAGCGCUCGUCACCCGAGUUUUCGUCUCGGACAUGACACGAGCUCGUAUGGAGGGUUUGCUUGAUGCCUUUCCCAAGCUCAUAGGCAGCGAUAAGGAUUCAGCCCAACGACAACACACAUUCAUUGAAACCGACAGUGUACGCUACGUCUAUCAUCCUUUGGAUAACCUCUACAUGGUGCUCAUUACAACGAAAACGUCAAAUAUCCUGGAAGAUCUCGAAACGCUGAGACUUUUUUCACGCGUGAUUCCCGAGUAUUGUCGAUCAAAUGAUGAGAAGGAAAUUCUUGCGCACGACUUCGAUCUAAUCUUUGCCUUUGAUGAAGUUGUUACGCUCGGCUACAGGGAGAAUGUAAACUUGGCUCAGAUCCGAACAUUUACUGAGAUGGACUCCCAUGAAGAGCGUGUAUUCCUUCAAAUCAAGGAGGCUCAAGAACGUGCUGCGAAGCAGGCAAUGGCAGAAAAGGCGAAAGAAUUUAAACGGAUGCAAAAGGAAGCUCUCAGCAAGGGCCUUAAACCAACUGCAAAUUUCACCGCAUCGGCUACCGGAAUUUCAUCGUCAUCGACGCCAUUGACUGCUGUACAAGAACCUGUUGCACCCAGACAGUCUGCUCCUACAUCAAGAGCCGGUGGAGGCAAGGCUUUGAAACUUGGAGCGAAGUCCAAGGAUGAAGAUGUCUUCCUGCAACAACUUCGUCAAGAAGGACAAACCAUUGCACCGGUCGAAAAGGCUUCGCGCGAUCACGGCGGAGUAUCAGCAGUUGCUCCUCCAAUAUCUAACGUGAAACGUGAAGCGGUUCAUGUUCGCACCGAGGAAAAGAUGGUAGCCACAGUGAGCCGGGAUGGAGGUUUACAAGGAGUGGAGAUUCUUGGAGUGGUAUCGCUGUCGGUAUCUUCUCCCGAGUACAAUACGGUCUCUGUUCAGAUGCAUAAUAAAGCCCCGGCAGGAGUCCAGUUGCAGGUUCAUCCCAAUCUUGACAAAAAGGAAUGGCAGGCUUCUCACAUGCUCAAGUUGAAAUCGGCUGGUAAACCGUUCCCGGUCAACAAUGACGUCGGUGUGCUCAAAUGGAAAAUGGUGCUCACUGAAGAAGAACAGCUCCCUCUUGCACUGAACUGCUGGCCUCAAGAAUCUGCUGAUGGGUGUCAGGUGAACAUCGAGUAUACAUUGCAAAGAGAAGAUCUUUCAUUGGAAAAUGUGGUCAUCACAGUUCCUUUGCCCGCUGCUACGGUUCCUGUAGUCUCCGAAUGUGAGGGCUCCUACGACUAUCAGAAAAGCCGCAACCAGCUUGUUUGGACAAUGCCGGUCAUUGACAGCACUAAUUCGACUGGAACCUUGGAGUUCAGCGUGCCGAAUGGUCACGCAGACCACUUCUUCCCGGUUCAUGUCCGUUUCCACACCGAAAAAUUAUACUGCGAUAUUGGGGUGGAAGGAGUUCAAACGAAUGAUGGCAAUACUGCAGUACCAUUUUCUGUCGAGACUCGCUUGGUGACUGAAAAGUACGAGGUAGUAUGA